UCUGCUGCACUGCUUUGGACAAGCUUUCCCUUUCUAAUGGUGGAAGGAGCAGGAGAAGGGUGGAUUCUUCAGGCUGGAGCCCCAGGGCCUAGUCUCUACAGAUUCCCCUGCAGCCUAGGCCAGGCCUUGCUUCUUCUCCACGUCCUGGGAAGCAACUACCUCUCCACACGAGGAAGCAGAGCACCCAGCCUUGGCUCUGGCAGCAAGGUUUGGGUCUCUGAGUGCAGAUUCAGAAGGCCCCUGAACCUUGUGAAGCUGCUGUGUUUAGAGAGCUCCAGCCUUUCACAGCAAGUCCCACUGCUCCCUCGGUCUUCACCUGCCUCCUGCCCUGCCUCUCCCCAGCUUGGGGGAAAUGGAAGACUGCUCCAGCUACUCUGUGCUCUGCCAUCUCACCUCCCUGCUCCUCCUCAUCCAGCUACUCACUCGGGGGGCUGCAGAGUUCUUGGUCAUUGGCCCCUCAGAACCCAUUGUGGCAGUGCUGGGUGGGGACAUCACACUGCCCUGUCGUGUGUCCCCGGCCAUGAAUGUGGAGAACAUGGAGCUCCGGUGGUUCCGCUCCAAGUUCUCUGAAGCUGUGUUCAUCUAUAAAAAUGGCUGGAAGCAGGAGGACGAGCUGAUGGCCCAGUAUGCAGGACGGACCUCUCUGGAGAGGGAGCUUCUCACCCAGGGGGAGGCUGCCGUGCGCAUCCACAAAGUUCAGGCUGCCGACGACGGGCUCUAUUCCUGUUUCUUCAGAAAGGGAGACUUCUAUGAAGAGGCCAAUUUGGAGCUGAAGGUGGUAGGUGUGGGCUCUGCCCCUCAAGUGCGCAUCACAGGGCCUGAGGAGGAUGGGGUUCAAGUGGUGUGCACAGCCUCAGGGUGGUUCCCGAAGCCCCAGGUGCAGUGGAGAGACCUCAGUGGAGAGAAGUUCCUGGUGUUCUCCGAGGCCCAUGCCCAAGACGCUAAAGGGCUGUUCAGUGUGGAGGCCGCUCUGGUGGUGAAAGACCGUUCUGUGGGCAAUGUGACCUGCUCUAUGCUCAAUCCCGUCCUGGGCCAGGAGAAGGCGAUGGCCAUUUUCAUCCCAGAACCCUUUUUUCCCCAGUCCUCUCCGUGGAAACCAGCUUUCCUAGUGAGCCUGACCGUGCUGGGACUCCUACUCCUUGCUGCUGGCUAUUACACCCAGAGAGAGCAUUCCGCAAAGCUGCAGGAGCUGCAAGAACAGAAGACUCUGUGCCAGGCUAAGGAGCAGGACAGGCAGGCAAAGGAGGAGAUGCUGAAGGCCAGAGAUAAACUCCAAGCAGAACUUGAUUGGAGGAAGACAGUUUACCUGGCUGCCUGGAGGAAGGCCCAGCUGUAUGCAGACUGGCGGCAGGAGAAGUUCCAGGCCUGGUCUGUCACUCUGAAUCCAGUCUCUGCCAGUCCCAGCCUUAUCGUCUCUCCUGAGAAGACAAGAGUGACCUUGAAGGACACCAGUGAGGACUCAAACAGCACCUGCAGCGUGUUGGGCCUUGAGGGCAUCACAUCAGGGCGCUGUCACUGGGAGGUGGAGGUCACAGGUGGAGACAAAAGUGAAUGGGCUCUGGGGGUCUGCAGGGAAGAUGUGGAAAGGGAAGGCUGGUACAGAGAGUCCCCAGAUAAGGGUUUCUGGGUUGUGGGGAAGUUUGGUUCUGAAUAUCAUGCCUGCACUUUAAGUCAGACUUUGUUAUCUCUUAGGCAGCUUCCCCACAGGGUGGGUGUUUUCCUGGACUACGACGAAGGGGAUGUCUCCUUCUAUAACAUGACCGAUGGUUCCCACAUUUUCUCCUUCCCUCCGGCUUCCUUCUCUGGGACCCUCUUUCCAUACUUCAGUUUGAGGUCAGAGUUUGGGUCCCUGACCAUCUGUCCCAUGACGGGUGCAUCUGAGAGGCUCUCUGUGCCCCUUAAUAAUUCUCUGGAGGAACCUAUGAGCCUCCCAGGGGCGGGGUUAAGCUCAGGCUCCACUGGUGAUGAAGUUGAAUCUCCACUACUGUCCUGAAACAUGGAGGCCAUGCCCCCUCAGUGUCCCUGUCCCCUCACUGAGGCUUUCCCUGGAGAUGCCAACUCCCUGUGGCAAAGCCUCUGAGCUGAGCCCUGGAAUGCUGAGUCUUCCCUUCCUGCUCUGCAUUCAGACCCUCUGGUGUGUGGUUAUGAGAAUAGAGAAUAGUCAGUUUAUUCCUUGUGCAUAGGAGCAGGUUAUAAAAGUUGACUGAGCUGGUUUGGAAUAGGCUAUAUUUUGGUAUGGGAAGUUUUUUUUUUUGUAAUGAAAAAUAUUUCAUGAACUCGUUAUAGUGUUUGAAUAGGAAAGAGGAUUAGGGGUAAAUUACCCUGCAGGUUUAGGUGGAGUUUCCUUUAUCCAUUUGGAGUUUGGGCAGAAGAAUGCAGAGGCUGAGGGUAGUCCCCACAUCCAUUUUGGGGGUUCUCACUAUCUGACCAGAAAAGUUGGCCAUCCAAAGUCUCCAGGAAAAUGGAUGGCUGCUGGACUUUUAGGAGGAGAGGAGUCUAAUAUUCUACUCUCUCUAUUUCCUUUUCUGGGAUGGGUGGAACACUUGUUUUUUCAAACCUCAGUAAAUUUCUGUUACCUGUGAAAAACCUGUGCUGUGUUAAUUUAGCGAAUGAAGGAGAAACAUCUGGGCUCCCCUUUAGUGUGAGCAAGGUUUCAGUCAUCAAUGUAUUGCUUCUUGGUACUUCCAAGUCCAAUGGUAUGGUUAAUGCAAAACCACAGCAAAGAAAAGGAAGCAGGACUUUGGGGAAUGAAAGUGCAUUCAUUCUGCCAGGCACCGAGCUCUGACUUGCUAUGGUUCUCACUAAAUGUGGAAGACCUGGAGCAAGAAAUAGAAGAAAGAAGACGAUCAGUUCUGACCUGUGACCAAUUACAGAAAGAAGGAGUGGAGUAAAAGCUUUGUAUAUUUUUUCUUUCUUGUUGUAAGUGUAUGUUUAUUUGUAUAUAUUAACCAUUUUCUUUUUCUUUCUUCUUACCCUUAUGCUUUUAUGUAAGUCGUUGGGGGUUAUGUGUAGUAUAGUCUUUAGGUAUCAGACUAGUCAAUGGGGCUAUGAAUUUCAGGAACUUUGCAAUAUAAAUAUAGCAAUGUUUGAUACAAUGA